AUGAGUGUAAGUUUGUGGUCUCGGGUGGCUGCGCUGGGGUGGAUUGUGACUCUGGUCAGAUGUCACUCCACCGGAAAUGAACUGGAGUCGGUGAGGUAUGGACCCACCGACGAGCGGUUUGUCAGCGACAAGUAUACGGUCGCUAACAUUAAUAUCACGUACAGAGAUGAACACGGAGAAGAAUAUACGGAAACAUCUGAGUCCGGUAAAUAUGGCGAGGGAUUUAUCGGUUCAUCGCGAGGUCUGGCGGUCCACGUACGAGCUAAGGGUGUGGGCGGAGAGCGUGACCAUACAGGCUGCACCUGGCCUUUGCUGUCAGUAGCCGCUCCCAAUGAUCCAUUACCCACCGAGAGGUGGAUAGCCGUCAUCAGACGGGGUAGCUGUAACUUUGAAAUUAAGGUGCAAAACGCCUGGCGCUCGAAUGCGUCCGCGGUGCUGAUAUACAACGACAGGGAUACUACGCUUUUGGAAAAAAUGAAGUUAUCGACUGACAAUGGCCGUAACAUAAGCGCAGUGUUUACAUAUAAAUGGAAGGGAGAAGAAAUCGCGAGGCUCGUGGAGAACGGGACGAGGGUCAUGGUCAGCAUUAUCGAAGGAAGAACAUUCGCACACGUCAGCAACAACAUUAAUAAAUUAGGCAAAGACAUUUUAGGCCGUGGAAAGAAUGGCAGUCUUGUUUGGCGCGGAGGAAGCAAGGACAUUGGUGUGAAAAAGGGCGGUAUGCGGAAAGACGCAAUACAUAGAACGUCCGUGUUGUUCGUGUCUAUCUCCUUCAUCGUACUGAUGGUGAUCUCGCUGGCGUGGCUCGUCUUCUACUACAUACAGCGCUUCAGAUAUAUACACGCCAAAGACAGACUCUCUAAGCGUCUUUGUUGUGCCGCAAAGAAAGCGCUGUCCAAAAUACCUGUAAAGAGUUUAAAGACUGAAGAUAGAGAAGUUCAGGGCGAUGGCGAAUGUUGUGCCAUCUGCAUAGAGCCUUACAAAGUGUCAGAAACGCUUAGAUCUCUUCCUUGUAGACACGAGUUCCACAAGAACUGCAUAGAUCCAUGGCUGUUGGAACAUCGCACGUGUCCAAUGUGUAAGAUGGACAUCCUCAAAUACUACGGUUUUGUGUUCACUGGCAGUCAAGAGAGCAUCCUGCAGCUGGAAGUCGAGGAGGCGAGAAGUCGCGCGCUCAGCCCCGCCAGGAAUAGGCAUCCUCUCACGCUGUUAACGAGCGACAACUCGUACGACGAGGCGGGCAGCGAGCGCAGCAGCCGCGCGUCCUCGCCCGACGAGCUCGUGCCAUCACUCGCACACCUCACCAGAUCCUGCUCUUCAUCGCCAACGGAGUCACCUCGCGCAGACUCGUCGCGGCAGGACGCCACCGCCGGCACUUCCUCGAGCGAGCCCUAA